CCCUAUGGGCGCCAGGCCCGCUCCCCGGCAGCCGCCCCGCCCUUCCUGUUUGUGCCGGCGAAGCGCCGGGCGAGAAGGGGCUGCGGCGGAGUGCAGGUCCCGGCUGCUGAAGGUCAGAAUAAUUUACAGGAUCUAGAAGAAAUGCAUUCUUCAAAUCUGGAAGAGGAUACCAAACCUCUCCUGAUCCCUGUUGGAGGUGAUGAAAGUGAUUAUGGAAUCAUGAGCAUUCAGUUUAAUCCAGCAGACCUAAAAUGCAAGAGGCCAUUCCACGUAGAGCCUUCAAAUAUUGUUAGUGUGAAUGAUGACACACACAGAGUUACAGAUGAAGCCUCAGCGAUGAAUAAGCGGAUUCAUUACUAUAGCAAGCUCACUUCUCCUUCAGAUAGGGCACUGAUUGCUCCUGAUCAUGUACUUCCAGCGCCAGAAGAAAUUUAUGUGUAUAGUCCAUUAGGAACUGCUUUCAAAAUCGAUGGUUGCACUGAUGGUUAUGGCAAAAACUCCAGCAUAGUGACAAUAUUUAUGAUCUGGAAUACGAUGAUGGGCACAUCUAUACUAAGUAUGCCAUGGGGAAUAAAACAGGCAGGAUUUACCACUGGAAUCUGUUUGAUCUUGCUAAUGGGCAGCUUGACACUUUAUUGCUGUUACAGAGUUGUGAAAUCACGGACAAUGAUACCUUUAAUAGAUACCUCAAACUGGGAAUUCCCAGAUGUUUGCAAGUACUAUUUUGGAUCCUUUGGUCAAUGGUCCAGUCUUUUAUUUUCAAUGGUGUCUCUUGUUGGAGCCAUGGUUAUUUACUGGGUACUUAUGUCCAACUUCUUGUUCAACACAGGAAAAUUUAUAUACAAUUAUGUUCAUGACAUCAACAUAACAGAUCUUGUUCCUGGUACUAAUGGGAGUAAUAGAGUCAUCUGUCCAGGUACUGCCAGUGAGGAUCAACGAGGCAACAAAAGUGGGCUGUUUCCUUUUGUCAACAACAGCACAGGUUUUGAGCUGUUUGAGGAGUGGUGGAGCAAAUCACGAACUGUGCCAUUUUAUCUGAUUGUUGUUGUUCUGCCCCUUCUAAAUCUUAAGUCUCCCUCUUUCUUUGCCAAAUUUAACAUCCUAGGUACUGUUUCAGUUGUCUACUUAGUUUUUCUUGUUACUCUGAAGGCUGCACAUCUGGGAUUCCAUUUAGAAUUCAACUGGUUUACAGCUGAUGAAUUUUUUGUACCAGAGUUUAGAAUUCAGUUUCCUCAGCUCACAGGGGUCCUGACGCUUGCUUUCUUCAUUCAUAACUGUGUUAUCACGCUCCUUAAGAAUAACAAGAACCAGGAAAACAAUGUGAGAGACCUUUCCAUUGCUUAUUUCCUGGUGGGAUUAACAUAUCUCUAUGUUGGACUGUUAAUUUUUGCUGCAUUUCCCUCUCCACCAUUGUCCAAAGAGUGCAUUGAACAGAAUUUUUUAGACAAUUUUCCCAGCAAUGACAUCAUGUCAUUUGUUGCAAGAUUGUUCCUGCUGUUCCAGAUGAUAACUGUGUACCCGCUGCUUGGCUAUUUGGCACGAGUUCAGCUAUUAGGACAUGUCUUUGGCAAUGUUUACCCAAGUAUUUUCCAUGUGUUGGUUCUAAACAUAGCAAUUGUAGGACUUGGAGUGACAAUGGCCAUAUUCUAUCCAAAUAUAGGAGGUAUCAUAAGAUAUUCUGGAGCAACGUGUGGUCUGGCCUUUGUAUUUGUGUAUCCAUCCCUCAUCUACAUGAUCUCCUUGCAUCAGUCAGGGCAGCUGACAUGGUCAAUGCUCAUCGUUCACAUCUUUAUAAUCAUCCUAGGACUGGCUAAUCUGAUCGCACAGUUCUUGCUGUGAAAACGCUCAUGCUGGCUUUCACAAGUAGUAUUUUGAGGUUUGAUAACAGACUUUAGCAACUCUAUUGUAAAAGCUGAGAACCUCCUGUCUGUCAAUUUCUUCCUGAGAAAAUCUGCUCCUUUGAAAGCAAAGGAUAACUGUGUCCUAGUAACAGUUUUCAGGGGUUUGUAGGGAAUCACAUCUUUGGAAAUGCUACAUCACAAUAGAUAACGUGGGCCAAAUUUGUAAAUGGCCCAACUCCACUGACUUUGAAAGUACAUCAGGGAUGAUUUUGGCCAAAAUGUUUUUAUUUUGUAGAGAGAAAUAUUUCCACAUGGAUAAAACAUGCCGCCCUUCACUUUUAGAAGUAGUUACUUUUCAGCUUUAUGCUACAGAAUUCUUUUCUUCCUGCCCUUAUUAGCAAACAAACCCUCGCAAUAUUCUACAGUGACAGUUGCACUAAUUUUCCUAUGCUGUUUUGGACUGUUACUGACAACAGGGUUGUAUUUGUAAAGCCAAUUUAUAGCCAAUCAGAUGACAGCAUACUGUUAAUAUAAUGUUGUGUAACCUUUUAAAAUAUAUAUGCAAGAAACCUCAGCUAUGGAAACAGCAUAAGAAAUCAAUACCAUUUCUACCUGCAACCGGGAUGCUGCAAGCACACUAUCUGGCCUUCGAGAAUAGGUCAAGUAAUGGGGGGGUGUCCAAAGUUACAGAACUAGUUGAACUAUCAACUUGAAGUUGGACUGGGAUCCUCCUCAUUCCAAGUCCUAUAACUGUUACCAUUAGAAUAGAUACGUGUUGUGUAUUUUCGUGGGCAGAUGUACUUCAUAUAUGUACAUAGGACACAAGUGUGCAGAGCAUUCCUGUAUGUCCCGUGUAGUUCUUGUGCCCCUGCAGGAUUUCAGACUGAAAAUUCCUUGCUGUAGGAAAACUGUGCUUUUCAAACAUCCAUUCUGUACGUGUUAUGACAGUAUAGUCAGAGAGAUGUACAAUACAGGCAAACUGACAACAAUAACAAAUUAAGAUUGUGUGAAAAUUUAAAAAUCGUGUUUCAGUGUAGCUGCUUAAUAUUUGGUAUUAAAAUGCACUAUAAUCUAAUACACAAAAUACACGUGCUGUAUAUUUUAUGCAAUAUGGCGCAGUUUCAGAAUCACUAGUGCAAAAUUGCAAAUGCAUCAUCUGUAUAUGCAAUCACCAUGCACAACUGUGCCUGCAGAUGGUCAGCUAGGUGGCUAACUGGUCACAUGUACUUAGAAUUACUGUGACUGAAGGUACAGUUGCACAUGUGCAACUCUGAAAAUCUGAGUCUAUCAAUGUGCAGUGAGUAAUAACAAGUAGUGCCUUGUUAUUACUCACUGCACCUUGUAGGGAGUGCCUUGUAGGGAGGCCCUUAGGACUUUAUGGAAGUAUGCACAUAAUUGGAAAUGCACCUAUAUAAACCACAAAGACUGAGAUUAUCAAGUCCACAAAGGGUCCAUUUCUGCUCCCAUUGAAGCCCGUGGCAAAACUCCUAUUGUCUUCACUGGGAGGAAGUUCUGGAUGAGUAAUCUCCGUUUUGGUGGGAGAAGAGUGUCUCUGAAAAGCUGUUGCCCCGUAGCCAGUAUCUAUUAAAUGUCACAUGAUGCAGGUGUAAUGCUGGUUUCCGAGUGAAGGAACAGUAACUUCUCUGAGAGAGCAUCUAAUGGAAUCACAAUCUCACACCUGCUGCACACACAAGUGUGAAUACACAUAUUCAGAGAGGGAAUUGUUGGUGUGAUGUUUCUAUAUCAGACAAUCCUAGCGCUCCAUCAGCCUGGUGAUGGAAUUAAACAAAUGUCAGAUUUCAUUGCCUCUUGCCAAAAUGAAAAAUGAAUUUAGAGGUGCUUUUGGUUAGAAGUAUCAAAGUGUGGAAGAUUGGUGAGGAAAUAGGAGUCUGAGUUGGUGGAAGAGAACUUGGAGACCGUAAAGUCUGUGGGUCAGGUUUGGGCCCAUUGUGGAAACAGCCCAAAACAGACAAUCAAUGCUAUGCAAAGUAUGCCACAGCCCCCCACAUGUCCCUGCACAGAUGAUUCUUGUCAGAUGGGCACAUGCAUAUGCACACAUCUGACCCAGAACACUUUUGUUGUGACUCUUGUUGCAGGGUGGCUGGGGAAUGUUUUUUCUUUGCAGGUUUUGGGGGAAGCAGAAUGCUCACUCUCUGCCUAGAGCUUUCCUGUCAUAUGCCUAUGCGCACCUAGGAGCCAAAUUUUUGGGGCUGUAAUAAAAAAAAUUGACAGGUGUAAAUUGAGUGGAAUGGUCUUCUGAGAAACUGAAUUCUAGAAUAAUUAAAGGGAGAAAAGUUGAAUGUUUCAAUAGUUAUAAUGAUGUGGGGGAUUGAGAGAAGCUGAGAACUGGGAAAAGAGAAUUUAAUUGGGGGUAAGAAUUUUUGUUUUUAUCUGAAAGUAGAAUGGAAGGCAUAGUCUAGAAUAAUCUUAUUGUAUUUCUCUAAUAAAUAACCUGAGAUUUUAGAGGUGAUCAAGGUCAUAUUAAUGUCAUGGCCAGAGGUCCUCAAGCUGUAGAGGGCCCAGGCCUUCCAUAGUAUUGCUCAAUAUGCAAGAAAUAUAAGAGAGUAGGUCAGAAGUAGUCACUGUGGAGCGAAAGAACUGCUUCAAAGCAACUACUUUUCUUUUUACCUUGCACAACUUUGUGCCUUUCAAGCAGGACUGCUGUGUACGUGUACCAUAUGUCCUAUGCCGGAGAGAAAUGCUUGUCAUUCUCCUGUGUGUCCUUAUCUUUGGUAUUUCUUAGUUCUCUGCAGCAUAUUUUACCCACCCUUUUCUCACUGCCUCACAAGGAUCUUGAUCCUGCAGUAUUUUAUGCAGUCAACAAGGGUGUUUGCCUACAGGAUUGUUUGCAAGUUUACUGCAAUAUUGGGCCCAAUCCGUCAUCUUAGAGCAUCUGCACUACAGCAUUACAGUGGUGCCAGCAGCAUUGGUGCAGCUGCACCGGUGUAAGCUCGGUGGUGUAGCCAGGGUCGGCUCCAGGCACCAGCACAGCAAGCAGGUGCUUGGUGCGGCCAAAGGAGAGGGGCUGCACGUCCGGCUCUUCGGCGGCAAUUGGGUGGCGAGUCCCUCGCUCCCCCUCAGAGGAAGGGACCUGCUGCCGAAGAAUGAAGCGGCAGCAGUAGAGCUGCCGCCAAAGUGCCGCAGAUCGCGAUCGCUGUCUUUCUUUUUCUUUUCUUUUUUUUUUUUCCCCUCUCUCUCCCCCUCCUGCUUGGGGCAGCAAAAACCCUGGAGCUUGCCCUGGGUGUAGCCUUAGCCUAGAUAUUUGAGGACUUCUCAUCUAAAAGGACAGAGACUGAUGCGGCAAGAUGCCUCCUGCUAGAUACUGAGAGCCCUUUAACUAUUGUUGAAGUUAAUUGCAGUUGCAGAUGCUCAUUACCUCUCAGGCUUAGGUUGCUAGUAGGCCAUGUCCAAAGCUGGUGUAUAUGGGGACUUCAGUGUUAAUGGUGUUGGAGCAGGUCUGAAUUUGACCCAGUGGGUGAGAUCCUGGCUCCAUUGAAGUCAAUAGCAAAACUCGCAUUGACUUCAAUAUGGCCAAGAUUUCACCCAGUGUGACUUACCUUUUUGAAGAAUAUUGGUGUUUUAAACGCUUCCAGUAUAGAUGGUUUUUUGCAAUUAUUAAAAAACCUAUAAAUUGGUUUGAUUCUGUACAAGUUAUGAUAAGCAAGUUAAAGCAAUUAUUUCUAGCAUAUUGGGGGUACAUUAUCAGAAAAAGGGAAAUAGCAUAAUGAAAUAUAUUUAAAGGUGAACAUACCACCUUGUUUUCUUGCUCUAGCAGUUCUUGGGGAAACCAAAUGAUGGCUUCAAGUAUAUACUUUCAAACAUAGCUCCAGAUUUUUAAAUCUAGAGACCUCCCAUUUAAAAGGAGACUGUCUGGGAUGUCAGGUAUAUGCUACAGCUGAUUUUGCUAUUGUGUACAAAGAAAGAUGGGAGUUGGGGUAGGCCUUAUAAAAAUUGAUGACCCUGACAUAGAUAUGGCCUCUUCACUGUAUCUGUUUUCCCAAGAAUUAGCAAAAUGCCUGUAAUCUUUGGACUCAGACUUCUAGUAACUUGGCUCAUAAGCAACAUUUAAAUGUUACCAUUCAACAAAAAACUCCUGAGAGAGGAGUCCGUGGCAAGGCAUCUAUCUUCAUCUCUAGUCUAUUUCUUGUUCUACCUAAGUAUUAAAGCCCAGUGGCCUAAGAUGGGUUAGUAAUUGGUAACUGAUUGUAUAGUGCAUUUAAAACCAAACAAAGAAAAAGCCCAGCUUAGGUCAGUAUUGCAAAGACUGUGAUGUUUUAUUUAAAUCCCUUUGCUGAGGAGUUUAAUUAUUUGGGCCAUAAUGAUAUCAACAGGCAUUAUAAGUUGAUUUUAGUACUAAAUGAAAGUGGUGAUUUUAAAUACCUUCUCGCAGUGCCUCCACCUAAAAUAUAGACAAUAGAAACCAAAGCCUAACUUUUAGAACAUUGUAAAAGUUGGAUUUUUCAGAAGUGCUUAAGUGACUUAGAAGCACAAGUUUCCUUGAAAGUCAAUGGAGCUUGUGCUCCUAACUCACCUAGGUGCUUUUGAAAAUCUCACUCGACACCCCCCCUUUUUUUGUUGUUUUUUUUGUUUUUUUGGACACUGGUUUAAACACAGCUUAAAUGAGUAUCAUGUACAAAGUUAGACAAAAAAUUAAUUGUUAUACUUGUCUGUGUGCCAGGAUGAAACUAAUUCCCCCAUACAUGCACACACUUAAUACUAGUGUUGACCCAUUUUGGAAUUUAUUGUAUGUAACCGUGGCCAGCUAAAUCUGAUACUCUACACUGUGUAAUCACAUAUUUUUAACGGAAAAGCGAAAAGAACAUCCUGACCUAAACACUGUUUUGUGAAAUGUAAUUUAUUGUCUUUUUAUAGGAAAAAAAUUAAAUUUGACUGGAAA